CACCAUCAACUGUCUACUUAAAGCAAUAAUUCAAUCAAACUCGUACAACUUUUGAAGAUUUAAAGAAUCGGUGUUAAAUGGCGUUGCAAAUCGUUAGACGAAUCGUUCAUAGCCGGACCAAUGGAAUCUCCUCCUCCAGGUACCCUCGCUUCUUCGAUCGUUGCUUCUCAUCGCCCGCGUCCGGCUCCAAUCUCAUACGCGCCACUCUCUUCCCCGGAGACGGAAUCGGCCCUGAGAUCGCUGAAUCUGUCAAACAGGUAUUUAGAGCUGCUGAUGUGCCAAUUGAAUGGGAAGAACACUUUGUUGGGAAGGAAGUAGAUCCUAGAACCCAGAGUUUUCUAACAUGGGAAAGCCUAGAAUCUGUCAGAAGAAACAAAGUAGGUCUGAAAGGACCCAUGGCUACACCAAUUGGGAAAGGUCAUCGUUCUCUUAACCUCACUUUGAGGAAGGAGCUCAAUCUUUAUGCCAAUGUUAGACCUUGUUACAGCUUACCAGGAUACAAAACUAAAUAUGAUGAUGUAGAUCUCAUCACCAUUCGUGAAAACACAGAAGGGGAAUAUAGUGGACUUGAACAUCAAGUGGUGAGGGGUGUUGUUGAAAGUCUCAAGAUCAUUACACGUCAAGCAAGUCUUAGAGUUGCAGAGUAUGCCUUUCACUAUGCUAAGGCCCAUGGACGAGAAAGAGUAUCUGCAAUACACAAAGCAAAUAUCAUGCAGAAAACUGAUGGUCUUUUCCUUAAGUGUUGUCGUGAGGUUGCAGAAAAGUACCCAGAGAUAGUAUAUGAAGAAGUUGUGAUCGACAAUUGCUGUAUGAUGCUUGUGAAGAAUCCAUCACUAUUUGAUGUCCUAGUGAUGCCCAAUCUUUACGGUGACAUAAUCAGUGACCUUUGUGCUGGUUUGAUUGGAGGCUUGGGCUUAACUCCAAGCUGCAAUAUUGGAGAGGGAGGUAUUGCUCUUGCUGAGGCUGUACAUGGUUCUGCUCCUGAUAUUGCUGGAAAGAAUUUGGCAAAUCCAACUGCUUUGCUUCUGAGUUCCGUCAGUAUGUUGCGCCAUUUGGAUCUUCAUGAUAAAGCUGACAGAAUCCAGGACGCUGUCUUGAACACAAUUGCAGAAGGCAAGUACAGAACGGGCGAUCUUGGCGGUAAAGCAACGACUACCGACUUCACCAAGGCAAUCUGCGAUCACCUCUGAGCAGCCCUACGUCAAAUGAUCAUCUGAUUUUUGCAUCAUCAGUUCGACGUGAAGUCGUUUCCUGCAGUGUUUCUUUCAACACAAUCACCAAUUAUUUUGAUGACUUCUAGAGAGGAUCUUCCAGCAAUGUUGCCCGGAGAAUGCGAAUAAGACAGGGGGUCUUGUUCAUGAAAUUGUCGCAAAAUGUCCUUAAUUCAAAGCAAGAAAAUGAAAAGCAAUGCGAUUUUUAUAUUUGCUCGUCUCCCUCAAUGCAAGAAAACAACAUCUUUGCUGUAUUUCAGACUCGUGUCAGUUAUAGAAGCUUCGCUGUCUUCUACUGACUUGUAUAUUGCUUCAACAAACAGGUCAUGGAAAUUGCAUUUUUAGCC